AUGCUAUUCGAAGCGAAUAUGCCCCUUUUUCUUUAUUUUUUUUCUUUAUUUCUUUUCUCGGUCAUUCUGCCUCCGUCUCUUUCGUCUUCGCUCUAUUUUCUUUCGUCUCCCAACAUAUUUACCGUGCAAUCUCUCUCUCUCUCUCUCCUUUUUUUUCUUGCAACUAUUACCAUUUCAACUUCUUCUUUUGCUUACUAUGCUUCAUUCUCGUCUUCUUUCUUUCUUCCUUUUAUUCAUGUUUAUUUAUACACUUUUGCACUAAUAUUUUUCUCCUAUUCUUUCUCCUUUUCUUUCUUAUUUCUUUUUUCCUUAAUUAUGAUCUCUCGUUUUUUCUUUCUUCCUUUUUCAUUCUGCAUGCCUUCCAACUAUGAUUUUCCCAUUUUCAUUUCUUUAAUCGAACCUUUUUAUUUUUAUUUACGUCUCAUCAUUUCUCUUUCACUGUCUGCAACCGUUUCUCUCCCCUCUCUCUCAUUCUCUCACUAUCUCUCAUUAAAAAUUAAUAAUUUCUACACUUUCUUCCAUGUAUCUCUUUACCCAUACAAUAUACUAUCAAACGCAGUCUUCUCUGUCUUUCUAGUCAUCUCGACCUUUCUCCCUGAUCACUCUUCCCAACCUGAUCAGUCAUCUCAACCUGUUCACAAUUCCUCCAAUCUUGUUCUCACUUCCCAAUCUACUUUCCCACUUUCCAAUCUACUUUCCCUCUUCCCAAUCUAUGUUCUCCCUUCCCAAUCUAACUUCACUCUUCUCAACCUGAUCACUCUUCUCAACCUGAUCACUCUUCUCAACCUGAUCACUCUUCUCAACCUGAUCACACUUCUCAACCUGAUCACUCUUCUCAACCUGAUCACUCUUUUCAACCUGAUCACUCUUCUCAACCUGUUCAGUCAUCUCAACCUUCAUUUCAACCGGUUCACAAUUCCCAAUCUACUUUCCCUCUUCCCAAUCAAUGUUCUCCCUUCACAAUCUAACUUCACUCUUCUCAACUUGUUCAGUCAUCUCAACCUGUUCACACUUCCCAAUCUACUUUCCCACUUCCCAAUCUACUUUCCCUCUUCCCAAUCUAGGUUUCCCCACUUCCCAAUCUACUUUCCCUUCCCAAUCUACUUCCCACUUCCCAAUCUACAUUCCCAUUUCCCAAUCUAUGUUCUUCUUCCCAAUCUAACUUCACUCUUCUCAACCUGA